GGCGGAAGUCAAAUCAUCAACAACCCCUCCGUCAGUGAGGACUCUUUUUUAGGAGACGGACACGAACGUUGUUGAGGUUCGUUUGUGUGUUUUGAACAGAAAAUAAACCCCUUAAGCGAACAUGUCUUUGUUUGGGAAGUUGUUCGGGAGCGGGGGGAAAGGGGAAAAAGCCCCAAGUCCUCAGGAGGCGAUCCAGAAACUCCGUGAGACCGAGGAGAUGUUGACGAAGAAACAGGAUUUUUUGGAAAAGAAGAUUGAGGCGGAACUGCUAACAGCGAAGAAGAACGGCACGAAAAACAAACGAGCUGCACUCCAGGCCCUGAAGAGGAAGAAGCGUUAUGAAAAGCAGCUGGGUCAGAUCGAUGGCACUCUCUCCACCAUUGAGUAUCAACGAGAAGCUUUGGAGAACGCCAACACUAACACAGAAGUGCUUAAAAACAUGGGCCUUGCUGCCAAGGCCAUGAAGAACGCUCACCAGAACAUGGAUAUAGACAAAGUAGAUGAGCUCAUGCAGGACAUCACAGAACAGCAGGAGCUGGCACAGGAGAUAUCUGAUGCUAUUUCGAAACCAGUCGGCUUUGGAGAAGAGUUUGACGAGGAUGAAUUGCUCGCUGAACUUGAGGAGCUAGAACAGGAGGAACUGGACAAUACCCUGCUGGAAAUCAGUGGUCCAGAGAACGUCCCACUGCCCAGCGUGCCUUCAACUUCAUUACCUUCCAAACCAGCCAAGACUAGAAAGGAGGAGGAUGAUGAUGAAAUGGAGGAGCUGAAAGCUUGGGCACUGUGAACCAAGCACACACAACCGGACUGUCUAAUCACUCGUGUGGUGGACUGAUGUUCAGAGUUGAUUUGGACACCUUCAGAGGGUUAACGUUGCAAAACCAAUUGUCUAGGAAACUGUAGCUCAAAUGAAUGGCUUAGGUAUUUCCCCAUCUUCUCCCCUAAUUAAAAAAUAAAUAAAUAAUAAAAGUCAACUGUCCAUAUUGGUGUAAAAGAGGCUACGAAAGCAAAACAAUGAAUUUGAUGCAAACCCAAGUCAGCCAAUAUUUGCUUACAGAUAUUUUGUUGUUCUUCUCUUGCCGUUGCUCAUUAUUUCUCCACUCGAAUUUGGAAUGUAAUUGUACAAAACCCCACUUCAAGACAUCUACCUCUAUCUGUUUAUUAAACACCGAAAAACAAGUGGGAAUCAUGUCGUCCCUGUAGCCUGUCUGUGUGGGGAUGUAUCAGGAUUACACCAAUCCACUCAUAGCUUUAUGUUCUCAUGGUGAUGACAAUAAUUGUUUAUAUACAAGAAUUAUGUUUUCUGCAUGCUUGAUUUAAGAGCCACCGUUCUGAAGUGUCUUCACUGACUGUUAAGAUGCAGCGAAUAGAUUCGGGUCUGAUUAUAUUCUAAGGUCGAUCUGGAAGUGUGUUUGUUUUAAGGAGUGAUAUUUAAACAUCUAGGAGCAUCACAAAUAUUUUAUUCUUUAUUGAGGUCUCAACAAAAUGCUGUUCCUUACCUGGAUCUAUCCUGCUGAAAUCUUCAAGCACGUCAAUCUAAUUCAUGUAUUACUCUCGAUUAGGGUGAAAGGGUUAUAAAGUCGCAAACAAACUCUAAAGCAUUUUUUUUUUGCAUAUUUGAAAAGAUCCCACAGGCUUACUAUAUCUUUUGUAAAGAACCUGGGAUUGUACGAGCAAGGUGUGUCACGUGUACAUUUGUAUGUUUGAGUUUAUUCAGAUGAAACUUUUAUUUGAAAGAUCAUUAAACUGUUCGAUUCUU